AUGCGUAGGAAGGAGCGCGACGUCGAGGGCAGCCGGAGCUCGUCGCGGCGGCGGCGGCGGUGGUCGCCGUCUGACUCGGACUCCGACUCCGACUCUGGUGGCUCGCCCCGCCGGGGCCGGAGCCGCCACCGCCGCAGGAGCCGCCGCAAGGCCGCCCCGUCCUCCUCCUCCUCCUCCAGCGGCGCGAGCGAUUCGCAGGCGUCCGGCUCCGGCUCCGACUCCGGGGACCACCGAAGGAGGCGGAGCGGGAGCGCUAAGCGCGGGGGCGUCAUCGAGGAGCAGAUCCUGGAGUACAUGUCCAAGAAGGCGCAGAAGAAGGCCGAGAAGGUGGCCAAGAAGAUGAAGGCCAACGCGGUGUCGGGCUACUCCAACGAUUCCAACCCUUUUGGCGAUCCCAACCUCACAGAGAAGUGCAGAUUGUAUAAGAUGGGAAAUGGACAACUCCAACCAUUCCAAACCAGUUCAAGGGGCCAUGGAAACAAAAGGUACACCAUGAACUAUCUCAUGAAUAUCAAGAACCUGAACAACAAGGGCAAAGUGGAAGGCACCUCUGGUCGACAACCCAGAUGCUCAAGUGUGAAGUGUGAAGCAAGUGUGAAGCCGUGA